AUGCUAGAAAUUAGAAGUGUAUUGUUGAUAGGAAAAGCCGGCAACGGAAAGUCUACCUUGGCGAAUGUAAUUACCGGAACUAAUGAGUUUAAUGAAAGCACAAGUACCAUUUUCGGAACAAAAAAAGUAAAAUAUUUGGUAUUUGAACACGAAGGGAUAAAAUAUCGCAUUUUUGAUACUGUGGGAAUUGGAGAUCCAACCAGGCCAAUAGAAGAAAUAUUAAGUACAUUGGGAGUUGAAGCCGAUAUCAUUAGUGAAGGUUUAAAUCAAAUAUUAUUUGUGACAAGAGGCCGUUUUACUAGGGAGGAAGUUGAGGCUUUUAAAUUGCUGAAGAAUACCAUUUUUGAUGAACAAGUAGUCAAUUAUACGACUAUUAUUUGCACUGACUUUCAGGAGUUUGAAGAUGAUGAAGCCUGUGAAACGGACCGCCAAUCAUUUCGAGGGAAAAUUGCAAAUCUUUCAACCGAACUUGCUUCAACUAAGAUAUCUACGUAG